AUGGAGCUGGAGCCCUUGUCACCGCCAUUGCAAGCGGCAGCGGUGAAGGUUUCGUUGGCCUUGGCGCCGGCGGCAGCACAGGGUGAGAAGCUGGACGAGGUGGUGGCGGCGCCGACGGCGUACAUGGCCAACAAGAACAAGAAGCAGGUGCGGCGGCUGUUCCCUUGUCUCUUCUGUGAGAAGAAAUUCCUCAAGUCGCAGGCGCUCGGCGGCCACCAGAACGCGCACAAGAGGGAGCGUGCCGCCGCCUGUAACCCCUACGUCUACGGCCCCCAGUUCGUCGCUGAUGAAGAACUACUGCCCGAGCCAGACGACACAAUCGGCAGCGUUACCAGCAGUACCGCCGCCGCUCCCAUGUCCGUCACAAUCGGCUCGCAUGGUGGCGCAGGCGCGCCAGUCUUCUUCACAGACCGCGUGCUGCUCCCGGCGGAAGCCGGCCCCUGCGCCAGGCGCGGCGGCCACACUGUGGAUGUGCUCCACAACCGGCGAGGAGCUUGA